AUGGCAUUUACUAGCUGUUUUGUGAUUUUGAUAAUAAUUUCUUGCUCGUUCACUUUCACACUCGCCAACAGGACAGCAGUGGAACAGUUGUACCAAACUUUACUGACGAAUUACAAUCCGUACAUACGACCAAACUCCAACCAGAAACAGCAGACGGUGGUCGAGGCGUCCAUGCGUUUGAUCUCCAUUAAUGGCCUGGAUGAACCCUCGGGUACCCUGUCCUCAGUGGUGAAUGUUGACAUAUCUUGGAAUGACUCGAGGAUGGUAUGGAACAUGGAGGACUAUGGAAACACUCGGCAGAUACUCGUUCCACAAAAUUUGGUUUGGAAACCUGACUUGGUGGUCACUAAUGCGGCGAAGGAAAUACGGAAACUGGGAUUUGAUGACAUCAUGAUACGCUAUACAAGUGAUGGUUUGGCGCUAUGGUAUACUGGUAACUAUUUAGAAACGUCAUGUGACAUUGAUGUCAGAUAUUUUCCGUUCGACCGACAGAUGUGUAAAAUUGAGGUGAUUCCUUGGAAUUACAGACAACGCGAACUCCAACUUUCAAUUCCUCGAAACGACAUUGAUCUGUCAAAUUUUACUGCACACGGAGAAUGGAUUUUAGAUGACACAGCCGUUGAAAGAGUCGGGGACGGUCCAUUUGAAUACAUCAAUUUCAAGAUAUAUUUAGUGCGUCGACCCUCUUUCUUCAUCGUGAACCUCAUUAUGCCAGUUGUGUUGCUGACUCUUCUCAACUGCAUGGUGUUUCUUAUUUCGGCAGAUUCCGGGGAAAGGGUGGGGUAUGCCAUCACGUGUCUGCUAUCAAUGACAGUGUAUCUGACUUUUGUGUCGGACACCAUACCCAAAACAUCGAAACCCAUUUGCAUAUUGUCUUUCAUACUGAUGAUUUUACUUGUUUUAUCAGCUUUUAUUUGUAUUUUAACCAUUUCUAGCCUGAGAUUUCAUUUUCACAAAGAAGAUAAGCCUCUACCACCAUGGUUAAAGAAACUGACCAAAGCUUUAAGAGGUAAAAGGAUCAAGAAAUAUUGGUCUGUAUUCAUCAAGUGUGAUUGUCGACAAAGAAGAAUAGAAUCGGCGGAAAAAGGCGAUUCAAAAACAAAGUCCAAUAUGCAAGCAGAGAAUAUGAACGGCGAAUUCAGACGAUAUUCACAGGAAGCAGACAACAGCAAACCCGUGGAAUUGUUAGUGAGAGAUUCUGAGGAGGGGUCAACGUCAGGGGUUCAAAGAAAAUUUUCCCAAGUUGGUGAGGAUUCUGAAAUUAUUUACGAGGAUUACAAUGGAGUGACUAUUCCGGAACAUAAAUUGGAAACGUGGAAAACGUUCGCCAAGCUGUUCGAUAAAUACUGCUUCAUUUUGUGUGUCAGUUUAGUAUUUGUACUGGGAGCUUUGUAUGUCAUAAUCGCUUUCGAACGUCUGUCAUUGUGAGGAAACUAUAUAGUUAGAUGUCCAUUCUGUGUCUGUCCAUUUGAUGUAUAUUAAAAUUAUUUAAAAUCUUCGAGGGAAUCAGAUUCAGGGACAUUUAUAUCUUUAUUAUUAUUAUUAUUUUUUUUUUUUUUUUUUUAUCUCUUUGGACAUUUAAAGUGGCCGAUCAAAGAUUACGAAGUUACAUCAGAAUCUUUUCAUGAAAUUGCAGCACAGAUACUGUGCGGGGACAUCUUCACUACUAUACCUCAUAGCUGCAGCACAGGGUAAAAAUUAUAUUUUAUUUAAAAUAAAACAUAUAUAAGUUGCUACAACGUAUUCACUCAAAAAGGUCUUUACGUGUAUUUUAUAUUUUAAUUAAAUACAUUACACAAACAAAAGUGCAUGCAUGUUUAAACGAAGGAAUUCGUGCGUUUUUUUGUCCAAAAAGUAAAAGUAAUAAGGAAAAAAUUUGCAAGAAAUACAUGUCAUUCUUUUGCUUUGCUAGCCUCGUCGCUAUCAAUCGACAAGAUUUCACACGGACACUUGUAUUGCUCGGGUUCGAUUUUAUUAUUAAAGGACA